AUGCAGGCCGUCACAGGCGCGCUCACGCACACGUCCUUCUCAGUGGAGGACAUUCUGGACCCGCGCAAGUUUAUAACGCACAGGCGGCCAGUUCAACACGCUCCUUUGGAAACUUCAGAGCUACAAACACCCAAAGAGAGCCAAGACUGUGAGGUCCAUGUCUCUUCGGACAGCAGCAGCCCAGACGAGGAGGAGGAGGAGCAUCGAGACGCCAAAAGGAAAUCCAAAACCCGUCGCAUCCGCACUGCUUUCACCCUGGAGCAGCUUCAGAUCCUGGAGCGCAGUUUUAAACGGUGCCACUACUUAUCGGUGCUGGAGAGACACAACAUCGCCUCUCACCUGUGCUUAUCUGAGACACAAGUGAAGAUCUGGUUCCAAAACAGGCGCACCAAAUGGAAGAAGGAGAGGCAGCUGGGCCAGGAGGAAGAGGAGGAGCAGUGCGGCUUUGUGCCAAUGUCCUUCCCGUCUCAGCCAUCCCUAUUCUACGCUCCUGUCACCUACAACACACUGUGCCGUCCGCAGACAUUCGGUCACAUGUUCGUCCCGUCACCGCUGCCAUCCCACCUCUUUUACAACUUAUAG